UCCCCCCUCAUGCCCAACAAACAUCGGGUCAGUCUCCCCGCUCACGGCGGCCUCACGCCUUGCUCUCACCGUCGUUGGCUUGGCGCUCACUGCCUCACCCUCACACGUCACAGCUUCACACACGCGGCACGCCGUCGGUCGUAGAAUAUCUCAGCCAUAGCACGUCUCAUCCGGUGCUCUGUCUCUGCUCGACACCACACAAUCCGUGGCCUGUCCUCUCCUCCUAAUCCCAAUCCCUCAAUCUCAAUGGGUCAAUCUUUCAGCCACACACUCUCUUCUUGAAUCUUGAUUUUGCAGCUUUGUUGCCGGGGGCUUGUGAAUCUCAGUGAGGUCCAUAAUCUCAUCUCACUCCCUUAGCCCUGCUCGCUGAUGCAAUUGAUCUCAUUGGUGCCUGAUUGAUUCUCUGAUCCCGGCCACAUUGGGUUUCUUCCAUAACAGCAGCAGCUGCAGUUACCAUUCAUAAAUGGAGGCUCUGUACUCCAAGCUCUAUGACAAGUAUACCAAGCUAAAGGCUAAGAAACUUUCUGAGUUUGAUCAGAUAAAUAAAGAUCAAGAAGUUAAAUUUAUAAAGUUUAUGUCUGCUGCAGAUGAUUUGAUAGAGCACUUGAAGGGCAAAAAUAACUGGUUGCAUGAACAAGUAAAUGAUUUGAGAAGUGAAGUUGCUUCGAUAAGGCGUGCCAAAGACAAAGAGGUUGCUGACUAUCAAAGGCUUGUAAUGGAGGAGAGCAAGAAAAAUGAGGCUCUAAUUGAAGAAAUUGAGAAAUUCCAAAAGCUACAUCCGGAUGGACAUUCUGGUAACUUGAAGCAAAACAAUAAUAAAAUGCAUGAAGAUGAUGAGCUUCGUGCUCUAUCCAAUACCUCAUCCAUGAGAAGGACUAGGAAACGUGCUAGGAAUGAUGCAUCAGAAGAAAUAGAUAGGUCUACACCAUACGGAAAUGCUGCAGACAAUUCUGUGGCACGAGACUCAGCAGCACAAAACUUAUGCAAUGAGACUGCCAUUGCUGAGCUGAUAUGUGGUUCUGGGGCCAGUGACCAAUCAGGUGUUAAUUUGCAGGAAAGAAACUGGCUAGUUCAAGCUCUUUUCGAGCAUGUCCUGGGCAUGAAAUUAUCCACUGACUAUCAAACUGAACGAGUAUGCAUUUCCGCCCUCCAUCAAUCAAGUGGUUAUUCUUUCAACUUGACUUGGGUAAGCAAAGCUCCUGGAGAGGAAGUAGAGCUUGUAUAUCAUGUUUUAUCUCUGGGCACAUUUGAAAAAGUGGCACCAGAAUGGAUGAGAGAGGAUAUCAUGUUCAGCACCAGUAUGUGCCCCAUCUUUUUUCAAAGGGUAUCUCGUGUUAUCAAGCUAUGCUACUGAGCUUCUUGCAAUAUUGGACUUUGCGGGUCAUGUCUGCACAGUUUUAACUGUAGUCUUUGGAUGCUACAUUGAUGUAAAAUUGCCGGCUUAGAACCUAUCUGAGUCUUAACUGUAUGAUACUCAAUUUACCAGUUUAAAUGUAGUCUUUGGAUGUUGGCUCGAUGUAAAAUUGUUGGCAGAUCAAUGAAUCUUUAUAAGAAAUGGAAGUAACUUA